GCUAGAGAGGGCGAGAUCGUAAGUGGCCGCGUUGUGUGGAGAUUGAUACAGUCAUUGUAUCAUUAUUAGACGACUACUGCUACCGUGGGGAUGAACUUGUCUGAUACUUAAAGAGAAUAUCAGAUUAGAUUUAUUUCGCUCCUUUUUGUAAUUGUUGGACCCCCCCUUCCCCAUUCCCCCCCAACAGGCUCAGCAGGUCACGCAAACUGUGCGGUUUAUUUAUUUGUCCGUUUAAAUCAACCAUUCUUUUGGAUCCUGUUGCUUUAAUUUCUUUGUGUGGAGAUUCACAUAUCGAAACAAAAGUGGAUUUAACAGAAGCCGCGUUGACCAACACCACUCCAAGAUGCUCUUGGUGUCCCAGCGGCUAGACGCACCUCGCAUGGAGCCACUACUGCCUGGAUCGGUGAAGAGGAAGCUGGCUUCGGCCGAGAACUCGGGAGAGGUGAACGGCGUCUCCGACGGCCCCAUGAUCCAGGGAAACGGCAAGCGCCUCUGUCUGGAGGACGUCACUCUGGCCAUGGGGCCCGGCUUCCAGCACCCGCCCUACUCCUCGGGGCCGGGGGUGGGAGGCCACGGGGGCGUUCUGGAGGGCAACGGUCUGAAUAACAACGGCCUGGGGUCCCCGUAUGCCAUGCCCCCCAAAGCAAGCCCUGGCUCAGCCACAGGAGGUGGAGGAGGACCCCCACAUGGGGGCAUGAUGCCCUCAUUCAACCCCAAUGGGAACAGCUCUGCUCCAUCGGUGGAGCAGGAGCUGCAGGACAUCCUGGACGAGCUUACCAAGAACCCCGACCCGUCCCUCUCUGAGCUGGACAUUGAGAAGAUCCUCGGGAACAAGGGUGACGAGCAGACAGGCGGUGGGGGCGGGUUCAUGCACCCAGAGGGCAGUGGCACGCCGAAGCGCUCCCCGCAGAGGCCAUCCCACCUGGAGAGCCACCUCACCCGCUCCCCAGGCUUCACACAGGCCCCAGCCGCCGGCUCCCCUCAGGUAGGCCCCAGUCCAGUGGGAGCCCCCUACUCUGCACCCCACCCUGCCAAACCCGUGCCGUCCCCCCUCUCGGCCUCCCCCCUGUCCUCCUCCGCCCAGAGCCAGAACCAGGCCCGCUCCCCUAUGCUGUCGGCGGCACUGUCCAACCGGGCCGGCUCCACCUGGCACGAGGUGUCCCGGGCCCAGCAGCUGCAGCAGAUGGCGUCCAACAGCAAGCACCUGUCCUCUGGCGCAGCCCCACCCCCGCCCGGGGCCUCCCCGUGGGCCGGCCCCUCCCCGCCGUACCGGCCCAAUGAGAAGCUGCCCAGCUCUUCCCCCCAUCAGCAGCCCUUCAGCCCCGCUGGCAGCAUCCAGAGCCCCCAGAGCUCGCUCAUCUCCAGCAUGGCCCCCGCUCCGUCCGCUGGCCCAUCCCCACCCUACCGCCCGGAAAAGCUGGCCAGCCCCGCCCUGGCCCAGCCCCCCUUCAGCCCCCAGAGCACCCUGCUGCCUAGCAACGCCCCUACGGGUGGAGGAGGCGGUGGCAGCGCAGGGGGUGGCGGCACCGGCCAGAGCUCCCAGGCCAGCUUCCUUCCCAGCAUGCCGCCCGCAUCGGGGACCACGCGGCCCUCGCCCCCUUACAGGACGGACAAGCACUCCAGCCCCACAGUCCAGCAGCAGCAACCGCCACAGCAGCUGAAUGGGUCGGGCAACAUGGCCAGCCAGCUGUUCAAGGCCAUGACUUCCAGCCAGCCCAGCAGCCUCAAGCUCCUCAUGCAGCAGCAGCAGCAAGGACAGCCGACUGCGCAGUCGCAGCCGCCGGCGCAGCUGCCCCCCGCCCCUCAUCAGGGCCAGGACCCCUACUCCUUCAAUAACACCAAGCCCCUGCGGCACUUCGACCCCGAGCCACCCACUCAGAAACUGGGCCCCCUGGCCCCGCCGGGGCAGGGCUCCCUGAGUCACUACCCGGGGCCAAGCAUGCAGCCGGCGCCCCCUGUUAGCAGCACGGCACACACGCAGCUCCUCCAGCAGCGCAUGCAGAGGAACCUCCAACCGGGCGGGAUGGCGCCCCACAGCCGAGCGGAUCAGAGUCCCGGGAUGGUGCCGCGACUCCAGGAUCCCUCCACUGUGCCCCGCCCCGCCCAGGGCAACAGCUACAACCUGCUGAAGAACCAGCUGAUCAGGAAACAGCUCCUACAGGAGAAGCAGAGGCAGAUGGAGCAAAUGAACGGUGGCCAGAUGUCGGACUGCCAGCAGGUGGCGCCAUUCCAAGGUGUGGGCCGGCCGGUCCCCCCAGAGUGCGGCUACCCCAUGGGGAACCCCCCAGCCAGCCCAGCCAUGAUGUCCCACACACCCAUGCUGUCCAACCGAAUGGGCAUGCCCCCGGGGCCCCUGAACCAGGCCGUGCGCGCCUCCGGGGCCUUCAUGGGCAACGCGGGCCCCAAGCAGGCCCUUUACCACCCGCCUCAGCAGUUCGGGAUGCCACUGCAGCCGGGGCAGGGGAUGAUGGGAAUGGGCACACCACCCCGGCAGCCCACCCACCACGGCCAGACACCAGCACGGUCGGGGAUGCCAGGGCCAUCGUUCGGAGGCGGGCCCCUGCAGCCCCAGCACCUCAGACACGCCCUCCACCAGGGCUCCGCACUCCCGCGCAUGCCAUUCAACCCCCAGCAGCCGUCACAACCGCAGUCGCAGCUGUGGCAGCAGCAGCAGCAGCAGCAGCAGGGCCUCCCACGCAUGGGCUGCGACAGCCACAUGGACCCAGCACUCCACCAGCACGCUUUCCCGGGCCGCGGCGCGGGCGGAGGACCUCCUCCAUUCUCCCAGCAGCCCCUCCGCUCUGGCAUGCCCGGAAAUUUCACACCCCACCAGACUGGCGCCCCGCCCCCUAACCAGGUGGCCCCCAACUUGCCCGGCAGACACAUGCAGAAGCUGCCGCCCGGGCACCCCCUCCCCCCCAUGGCCCAGCAGGCCCUGCGGCCGCGGGGGCCUCUGUCUGCCAUGGCUGGGAUGAAGCCGGUCCCCCUCGGCAUGGUGCCCCCAGCCCACGGGAUCGCCCCACCCAGCUACCACUCCUCCUCCGGCAAGCACAUGCCGGGGUUGGGCUACGGCAACGGCAACAGUAACGGCAACCCCGGACACAAACUGCCUGCAUACGACUUCAGCCAGCACCAGAGCAACGGGGGCAUGCCAGGAGGGCCAGGUGGGGGCGGUGGAGGUGGGCCCGGUGAGGUGGACUUCAUAGACACGCUGGUGAACUCCAACGAGGACUGGCUCAACAACCUCACCAUGAUCGACGAGUACCUGGAACAGAACUCGUAGUGAGAGGGGGGGAGACCCCCUGUGGACUGCCUGUUUGUUUGGGGCCCCGGGUGGGGCGGGGCUUGGUGGGGUUUCCAGGGGCGGGGCCCUGUUACUGGAAUGCUCAGAGCCAUACAUGACUGGAUCUCGUGUGAAUAAAGUUAGGAGCGAUGCACUGCAGUCCCCGCCCUCCCUCCACCAGCCAGUCCCUGCCAAGAAAUGACAUCACACACAGAAACACAUGGAAGUGCACCAGCUGGAACUCCAGGAGCUGUCGUCUCACCUCAAGAAGCCAUCGAGAUGAACUUCCUCAUUUCUGCGUUUUUUUAUUUUAUUUGAUUUUUUUGCAAUGUGUUUUGCAAAGGCAGGGAUUGCAGAGCCAUAAACCUGGUCUGUGUCAGUGACGCCAUGAGGAAGCACCACAAGUCCCAGAAGUCCUUGCCCAUAAGUGAGUGCUUUCUGUUCAGCCAUUACAUCAGGUACAGUGCAGACACUGUGAUCAGCAGUGGUGAGAUCCAUGUACGUGUCCACCUCUGAUGCAAUUGGCAGGCAACACUGAUUCCCAUGGCUGCCUUUGUUUCACAGCAGAUCAGAUGAAAUCACCCAAGGCAGUCUAAUUAAUCACGCUGGGCGGACCUGACGUGCUUCUCUCUACAGAGUAUUGCACAGACGUCUUUCCAAACAUCUUUGAGAGUCAAGGGCAGCCAUAACAGUAUGAAAUCAAUUCACUUUAAUUUUCUUGCAUCCAUUUAAUGAAUUCAUUAAAGCUAAAUAUCCUGUAUACAGAUAUACAACCAUCCCCAAAAAUAAAUGUGUGGAGUAUGGGUAUCUGUAGAUAAAACAUGGUAUGGAAAAAAAAAUUAGUUUAAUAACUUUCUUCUAUAGAGGAAGCAGCCAUAAACGCUACUGUAUCUGCUUGCUCUGUGAUUUUACCAUUGUCAGUCAGUUACAAACUCUUCAUUCUAAAAAGAUCCAAAUUACAAACUACUCUGCUUUCUGUUUCUCCACCAGUACAAAAUUUGAAAACUGGGAGCAGGUGAAAAAGCAUCAGCAUGCAUUUCUCACUUGACCCAAGGACACAGUAAACCACAAUUCUGAUUGGACAGCUACCCAGACGCCCUUGCAAAUAAUGCACACUUGACUCUGAAUGGGCCAGAGUUGCCAUUAUGAUGCCUAUGAGCCAAUCAUAUCUGGGAAACAGAAGCGACUUAUACAUGCAGAGAAAAGCUGUUACCCUGUAAUGGUGUCACUUUUCACUGAUUGCAUAAAGGAAAGGGAGGGAAAAGGAUGGCUGCUUCUAUGGUAACGGCAGUCGGAGGUCUCUGUUUUGUUUUUACUUUGUUUUCAUUGUGAAUUGAGGGAAGUUAAUCUACA